AUGUUGAGUUUGGUGUUUAUUGGGAUUCGCCUUGAACAGCAAUUUGGAUUUGUGCGUGUUGGCGUGAUCUACCUGCUGUCAGGAAUUGGUGGGAGUAUACUCUCUUCUCUCUUCAUUCAACGCAGCAUCUCUGUUGGUGCUUCUGGUGCUUUAUUCGGACUUCUUGGAGCAAUGUUAUCGGAGCUUCUCACUAACUGGACAAUUUAUUCUAAUAAGGCUGCAGCUUUAUUUACGCUCGUGGUAAUCAUUGUGGUUAACUUGGCUGUUGGAAUUCUACCUCAUGUCGACAACUUUGCACACAUUGGAGGUUUCUUGACAGGUUUUCUCCUUGGCUUUGUCUUGCUACUUCGUCCCCAGUUUGGUUGGGUGGAGGGCCAGCGUCUUCUAGCUGAUGCCCGCAUGAAGUCUAAGUACAUGAUUUACCAGCUUGUAUUCGUGCUGGUUGCCCUAAUUCUAGUGAUUGCUGGUUUUACUUUGGGCUUCGUGAUGCUCUUCAGGGGAGAGAAUGCGAACGAUCACUGCAGUUGGUGUCAUUACUUGAGCUGUGUACCUACCUCGAGAUGGAACUGUAACAAUUGA